AUGCGCCUGCGCCAUCCGAGAAGCGUAGCUCAUGUGAGACUCCUCGUCAGAGCUCCAUGGAAGAGGUACAUCGUGGCCGCGUUCUUCGUGGCAUACUACGCCUGUUCACUAAAACUGUGGCAGGACACAGUCGGCCAGCCGUACCAGUGGGCCUUGGAAGAGCAGAAGCGGCUAAUCAAAGAGAAGGCUGAAGCUGCCAAGGAGAAGGGGGUUUCCUUCACAAGUGGACAGCAAGAUCAGAAGGAGACCGAGCUCGGGAUCGACGAGGAAUCCCUGCCCUCUCAGAUGAUGCCCAGUGCCGUUGCAUGCGUUUUCAUUUUCCUGAACAUAGUGGUGCACGUGCUCUUUCACCUGAUGUGCGUUUGGUCCAUCUCUUUUCGAGCCCUCUUCCUCUUCCAGCCGUCCAAACGAGUCCAAAGCGGCAGUUUUGUGCGUGUUACGCCGCACGCCAACAAGGGGAAGGCAGACAUUUGCGAAGUCCACGAGUCAGAGGUCACGCUGAAUUGCCACUUCAAGUUUCAGUACCAGAACUUUGAGUUUGUCGAGGCUGGAACUGAAGACCCAGACCUUCUGGGAGACCUAGAUCUUCCGGGCGUCCGGUUGAUUCAAUGCCCAACCAAUUUACCGUGGAAAACAUACCGAGACUGCAAAGGACUGGACACCUCCGGCAAGGUUGGGCUGGCCCAGGACAAAUAUGGGUCCAAUAUCUUCGACCUCCCCAAGCCGACCUUCAUGCAGCUUUUUCAGAAGCAGCUGAUAUCACCGCUGGUGAUCUUUCAGCUUUUCUCAGCUGCCCUGUGGGUUAUGGACACGAUGUGGAAGUACACCUGUUUCACAUUGGGGAGCAUCCUUAUGUUUGAAGCCUCCACGGUCUUCCAACGCUUGAAGUCCAUGUCAACCCUUCGUGGGAUGAGCACGAAGAGCCCCACUGCCUGCACUUUUAGCUCUUUUCGCUGCAACAUGUUGGUGCAUGGCUGGGCGCGUGUCACGGGAUUCCUUUACUUUUCCGAGGCUUCAACGCCUGUCUUCGUCUUCCGAUGCGGGAAGUGGGAGAACAAACCCAUAGAGGAACUCCUGCCCGGGGACUUGAUCUCUCUGCAUACCAAGGCAGAAGAGAAGAAGGCAGAGCCUGGGACCGAGAACCACGAGAAGAAGGAGACCUUGGUGCCCUGCGACUGUCUCAUCGUGAGUGGCAGCGCCAUUGUGAACGAAGCCACGCUUACAGGUGAGUCCGUGCCACAGAUGAAGGAUGCGAUGGGUGCCGGGACGGACUCCGACUUGAUCGUGGACUGUUUUGGCAAGCACAGGAUACAUGCUCUUUUCAGCGGCACGUCUCUAAUCCAGACGACGGCUCCUGAAAGAAGCAAGAAGAAAGUCGACGGGGAUGCAAGCAGCCCGCCAGAUGAUGGCAUCCUUUGCUUUGUCCUCCGAACUGGCUUCAACUCCUCGCAGGGCGAGCUCAUGCGCAUGAUCGAGUUCUCAACGGAGAAUGUCAGUGCCGACACAGUAGAGACCACUCUGCAGCUGAUGUUCCUUCUAGUUUUUGCUUUGGCCGCGGCCGGCUACGUCAUGAAUGCGGCGCUGAAAGACCCGACACGACCGACGUAUAAGACGCUGAUCCGAUGUACUCAGAUUAUCACGUCGGUAGUGCCGCCAUCGCUUCCAAUGCAGAUGGCGUUUGCCGUAAACACGGCUCUGAUGAGCUUGCUCAAAGCUGGAAUUUACUGCACUGAACCCUUCCGGGUGCCCUUUGCCGGACGUGUCUCCCAUUGCUUCUUUGAUAAGACCGGUACCUUGACCUCGGACCAGAUGGUGGCCGUUGGGAUGGUGAAUGCCGGCACUGGGAAGGAGCCCAAAGAGACGGCCGUCAACGAGGCUUCCACCAUGGCCUGCGUUGUUCUAGCCGGUUGCCAUUCCCUGAUCGAGGUGGACAACAAGCUCUUGGGUGACCCCAUCGAGGUUGCUGCGUUGAGAGGUAUUAGUUGGAGCUAUCAGCCCAGCACUAGCACUGCCUCGCCCUCCAAUUGGAGGGCCAAAGAGAUUACGAUCCUUCGACAGAAGGAGUUCAUGGCCAACCUGAAAGAUGAAGUUGAAUCAGACAAGAAGGAAAAGGAGGAACUCGCCAAGAAGAUAGCGGAGCUGGAGAAGAGCCUGAAGCAGGACAGGCUAGAAGCGAGCAAGCUGAGUGUAGCUAUCAAGCAUCGCUUCCACUUCUCCUCGGACCUCCAAAGGAUGAGUACGGUUUGCAAAGUCACGUCGGCGGAUGGGAAGUGCCAAAGUGGGAUGUACAGUUUGGUGAAGGGCUCCCCAGAAGCCAUUGGCCAGCUCCUUGUGGAGAAGCCGGGCUGGUACGAUGCGGCUUACAAGCGCAUGGCUGAGCAAGGUCAGCGAGUGCUCGCCUUGGCAUACUCAAGAUUAAGCGAUGCAGAUGUGGCCAAUCGGCCGCGAUCCGAGAUCGAAUGCAAGCUGACUUUCGGAGGCUUCAUCGCUUUCAAAUGCGAGACACGCAAGGACUCCAUGCUGGUGAUCCGAUCCCUUCAGGAUUCGAGCCAUGCUUGCGUCAUGCUCACAGGCGAUGCACCGCUGACGGCUCUCAGUGUGGCCGUGGAAGUAGGCAUCGCCCAGUACAGCCCAGAACAGGCUUUGGUUCUAUCAGAGAAGGACGACGGUGAUCUAGAGUGGCGUGCAGCGAUAACGUCGCAUGGGAAACAGGCCGAAUCUGUAAGUUUUGAUGCUACGGGCGUCAAAGCUCUUAGCCAGUCCCGCGACUUAAUCAUCACCGGGGCCCCGCUGGAAAAGGCAUGGCAGGGAUUCGGUGAAAAGUUCCAGUCCCAGCUGAGCUCUGUGAAGAUAUUUGCCAGAAUGUCACCCUUCCAGAAGGAGCAAGUCAUUCAGGCUGUGCGCAAAAGUGAGAAAAGCUUUUCUUUUAUGUGUGGAGAUGGUGGCAAUGAUGUGGGGGCUCUGAAAGAGGCAGAUGUUGGGCUCGCUUUGUUGAGUGGCUUUGGCAAUGCCAAUGUUGAUGCAUCGAAGUCGGAUGAAAACGGCUCGCCUCAGGGGGGCAAGGCGGAAGAUCAGCUGGAAGCGAUCCGGCAAGAGAACCAGCAGAAAGCUCAGGAAAUCAUGCAAAAGUCUAAGGUGGAGCUUGAGCGGAAGAAGAAGGAUUUGGUUUCCAAGCAGCAGGAGUGGAUUCAAGAGGAGCUUGAAAAAAGGAGGCAGGCCGGUGAGGAUGUGGGUGUCAUGGCUCAAUUUUCAGCUAUGAAGUCUGUCAUGGGCCGGCUUCAGACAGAGAUGAAGAAAGAACAGGAGUUGCAGCAAAAGAAACACGGCAAUGCCUUUGCCGCCGGUGCAGCGAAGUGGGCGGAAGGCUUGGACUCAAUGGAGGAUACCCCGAUGGUGCAGCUGGGGGAUGCCUCCACAGCAGCUCCAUUCACCUCGCGAACUCCUUCCAUCGGCUCAGUGGUGGACAUCAUCCGGCAGGGCCGCUGCACCUUACUGUCUGCGGUACAGCAAAUGCAAAUCAUGAUGCUGGAAUCGAUGAUUGCUGCUUAUACCAUGUCCACCAUGUCGGUAGACGGUACCCGUCCGUCCGAGCCGCAGAUGAUGGCAAGCGGGACCAUGAUUGGAGUCGCUUCCUUGGCUUUCUCCUUUGCGAAGCCGGUGGACCGGAUGCAUCGAGUUCGGCCAUUGUCCUCAGUGUUCCAUCCUGCCAAUCUGCUGAGCAUGAUGGGGCAGCUUUUGAUUCACUUGUUCUGCAUGGUCUACAUUGCUAACCUGGCCAAAGAGAUCAUGGGCGAAGAGGGUGUCAAGGAAGUCAUAGACUUCGAGAAGGAGCGCGACAAGCGCAUCGCAGCCCUGAGCGAGGAGGAAAUGUCCGAAUGGAACUGGUUCAGCUCGAUCCCCUUCAAGAACAACUUGCUGAACACAUGCUGCUGGUUGGUCGAGACAGCCCAGCAG